AUGGGACGGGAUAUACUUAAUCAGAUUACAGAGAUUUGCAAUGAAUUGAAGAGAAUGGCAACAAGGGCGAGGGAGAGAGAGAAUAUUGAGAGUUUGAGUGUGGAUAAGAGACAUGGGGGUGUAGAGGAAAAGGAGGUGAAAGAGUCAUUUGAGGUUUUGGGGGAGGUGAAUGGGAGGGAGAAAGAGAGGAAGCCCUUGCUUGAAGUGGGUAAAGAGAAAUCUCUAGGAAUGGGGGAAGGCAAUGUGAAGGAGAAGCAGAGGAGGAAGAACAAAGCUGAUGAGGCAGAGAGUGUUCCAAUUUCUCUGGAUUUGGAUAGUGUAAAGCGUAAAAGGGAUGAGACCCUGCUUCAUAUUCGAACAAAUCCUCCCUCUCCUCAUUGA